AUGUACCAACCAACUAGUUUAGUUAGUAGCCCAUGAAAGUGAGAAUGAAAGAGACAAAUGAAAAAUCUUCCCUCUGAAACACAAAAAUAUAUACCACUAAAACUCAAAACGUUGCUGUCUUGAUGAUCCGCUCCUUCAAUUCAAUGCCUCGGACAACUCCUUCAUUACAAGAACUCGUCUCACCGGUCCCGAGGAAUACAUUCCAAGAAGGAUGGAAGAUGAUGAAGAAGAUGAAGUGUACUCGUUAUGUGGAGUAAUCGGUCUGGCUAAGAAUAAGGGUAUUAAAUCAUGAAAUUGAAAGAGAAAGGUGAUAUGAAGCCUCUUAUGCUGAAAUUUGGGUUGGCUUUGGCUCUUUCCUUUGCUGGUUUUAUAUAUUCUCGCUUAAGAACCAGAAGGAUCAAGCCAGCCCUGCCUCCUCCACCCUCGCCACGCUCCUUAGGAAAAGCUGGACGAGAUAAGUUUCAUUCGAAGGCAACAAGACCCAAUUCUUAUGGACUUGUUUCUGUUACAUCGGAGAAAUAUGAGGAGUCUUACAUGCAGAAAUCUCUGGCUGAAAUCUCUCAUAGUACUAAACUUAGUGGAGACAGAGAUGGGUUCGUCCUGCCACAAUUUUAUGAAAUUGAAAAAGAUUUUAAUUCUGCUACUGCCACAGCUGGGAUUUCUCCAGAUGGGGAUGUUAAUAGUACUAGUUCAGAGCUAGAAACUCCGAAAGCGUUUAUUACUUUAGAGAAGGGUGAAUAUGAGCAAGAGAUCAGCCACCUUCAAAAUAUGGUUAUAAUUCUUAGAGAGAGGGAGAGGAAUCUUGAAGUCCAGUUGCUCGAGUAUUAUGGCCUUAAAGAGCAGGAGACCACAGUCAUGGAGCUCCAAAAUCGACUAAAGAUAAACAACAUGGAGGCUAAGCUUUUUAAUCUUAAGAUUGAGUCUUUACUGGCAGAGAACCAAAGACUAGAGGCGCAGGUGGCUGGUCAAGCUAAAGUAAUGGCAGAACUUGAGGCUGCAAGAGCAAAAAUCAAGCUGCUCAAGAAGAAACUCAGAUAUGAAGCUGAACAGAAUAGGGAACAGAUCUUAAAACUUCAGCGAAGUGUUGCGAAGAUGCAAGACGAGGAAUACAAGACUUUUUCGAGUAAUACAGAUGCUGAAUUGCACCUGAAAAGGCUGAAGGAUUUGGAGGAUGAAGCUGAAGAGCUGAGGAAAUCUAAUUUGGCAUUGCGGCUAGAAAAUUCUGAACUGGCUCGGAGGUUGGAGUCUACUCAGAUCAUUGCAAACUCUGUUCUGGAAGAUCCUGAGACCGAUGCAUUGAAAGAAGAGAGUGAGCGAUUGAGACAAGGAAACAAAGAAUUGCAGCAGGAAAUUGAGCAACUUAAAGCAGAUAGGUGUACUGAUAUUGAAGAGUUAGUUUACCUCCGAUGGAUUAAUGCUUGUUUAAGAUACGAGCUGCGAAAUUAUCAGCCUACAGCUGGUAAAACCGGGGCUAAGGACCUCAGCAGAACAUUAAGUCCAAAAUCUGAGGAGAAAGCCAAGCAGCUAAUAUUGGACUAUGCAAAUACUGAGGGGAUAGGGGAAAAGACUAUCAACCUUAUGGAUUUUGAUUCUGACCAAUGGUCAUCCUCCCAGGCUUCCUUUACAGACUCCAUUGAGCUAGAUGAAUCGUCUUUCGAUAACACAGCUGCAGCCAAAACCAACUUUUCUAAGAAGAAGAAAUUUUUCACCAAGCUCAGGAAACUUGUGAUGGGGAAAGACAGUAGCCAUCAUAAUAACCACGUUUCGUCAGCAGAUAAAUUUGAGUCUGUAGAAGAGAGCGAUUCAAAUGCAUUAACAAGAGCUUAUGGAGCUGUGGAGAACAAUAACAGAUAUAGAACUCCGACUCCCAAUUUAUCCAGACAUUCUUUGGAUUUGCACAAAUUAAAAAGUCAGAAGAAAGAACAAGAUGUGGAUAUAGAAAGGGUGCAGAGAAAGAGUGAUGGGGGGUCUUCUUAUGUGUACAAGAGCUUUCUUUUGGGUGGGGAAGUUGAUUUAGAUUUAACAGCCAGAGAUCAAACUGACAAGCACUCAGAUAAUUCCACUGAUAAAUCUGAGUUGGUGAAAUAUGCAGAAGCUUUGAAGAGGGCUCGUUAUGGAACUCGCAAGUCACAUCGAAGAUCAUCAUCUUAUAGUUCUUUAUGAGAAAGAAGUUUCUAUUAGUAAGGAUUUUUACACUUGUUUGUGAUUUUGUAUAUAAAAUGGUUAGAUUCAAUGCCAUGUACCAUAGUUUUUCUUUUGGUCGGAAACAUAGGAGAAAGUUUUGAGAACAAGAAAGCUUGUUCGUAUAGUGAAGAUUGUUUUGAGUUACUGGUCCUGUAUAAUUGUAGACACUGACGACAAGGUUCUCUUAUAGUUUCUUAUACUUGUAGUUAAUAUAUAUCUUUAACCCUUAAUAAAACCCAACACUUUGUAUUAUUGUAUCAA